AUGGGCGUGCGCAAAAGUGCGCGCGCAACUCCCCGCCAACACAGGCGCGCGCACACACUGACGCAAUCCACUCCCCGCUUUGAUGUUGUGGCUGUAAUUAAUUCUUUCCAUCCUCUCAAGGCGCUAAUAGAGUUCAUAAUUAAUGUGGAUGAAGCUUCGACAUUUAUAUACCUCUUCGCCUCUUUCCAUAUCGAUCAAUUCUCAAGAUUCCUUCUUUUUCUCCUCAUUUUAUCGAUAGAUAAAUUGUCCGCGUUUCUGUAUACACCUCUUUUCUUUUAUCUCCAAAAGGCGGUUUCUGUGUCUAUCUGUCUCAGUCUGAGCAUAUCUAUCUAUCUAUCUAUCUAUCUAUCUAUCUAUCUAUCUAUCUAUCUAUCUAUUUCAAAUUUUACCUCCGAUAAACUGGGUUCUUUCUUUCUUUCUUUCUUUCUUUCUUUCUUUCUUGAUUCCGCUCAAACACCAACUACUGCCAUCAAUGGAAAAUAUGCUGGUCGUAUCUGUCUGUCUCAGUUUAUUUGUAUCUAUCUAUCUAUCUAUCUAUCUAUCUAUCUAUCUAUCUAUCUAUCUAUCCCAUAG